GCCGCAGCGCGGGACUCUGGGAGCCGCCCCCGCGCCGGCGUCUCCCGGUGCCGCCUGGGUCGCUGGUGAAGCCCACGGCGCGCACCUCUCCCGGACCCUACAGGGUAAAAGAAUGUGACGUUUCAACAUUUGAACCUGAAAUCAGCAUGCAAUUUUCAAGGCGCAUGGAUGAAUGCCAACUUUUACAUUUCCUGUGUGUAUCCUGUGACCAUUCUCUCUGGGAACAUCCUUCAAAGAGUUCAUGCGUCUUACUGAGGACACCUGACCUUUUGAAGCUUCAUAAUUCACACCUAGAUGUCACCAGUCUUUCCCAUGUUAACCGUUCUGACUAUGUUUUAUUAUAUAUGCCUUCGGCGCCGAGCCAGGACAGCUACAAGAGGAGAAAUGAUGAACAGCCAUAGAACUAUAGAAUCAAACAGCCGGACUUCCCCUCUCCACGCAGAGGUGGUCCAGUAUGCCAGAGAAGUAGUGGAUUUCAGUUCCCAUUAUGGAAGUGAGAACAGUAUGUCCUAUACCAUGUGGAAUUUGGCAGGUGUACCAAAUGUAUUUCCAAGUUCUGGUGACUUCACUCAGACAGCUGUAUUUCGAACUUACGGAACAUGGUGGGAUCAGUGUCCUAGUGCUUCCUUGCCAUUCAAGAGGACGCCACCUAAUUUUCAAAGCCAAGACUAUGUGGAACUUACUUUUGAACAACAGGUGUAUCCUACAGCCGUUCAUGUUCUGGAAACCUAUCAUCCUGGAGCAGUCAUUAGAAUUCUGGCUUGUUCUGCAAAUCCCUAUUCCCCAAUUCCACCGGCUGAAGUAAGAUGGGAGAUUCUUUGGUCAGAGAGACCGACGAAGGUGAAUGCUUCCCAGGCUCGCCAAUUUAAACCUUGUAUUAAGCAGAUAAAUUUUCCCACAAACCUUAUACGGCUGGAAGUAAAUAGUUCUCUUCUGGAUUAUUACACCGAAUUAGAUGCAGUCGUGUUACAUGGUACGAAGGACAAGCCAGUGCUUUCUCUCAAGACUUCACUUAUUGACAUGAAUGAUCUAGAAGAUGAUGACUAUGAAGAAAAGGACGGUUGUGGAAUGGACAGUCUUAACAAAAAGUUUAGCAGUACUGCCCUCAGGGAAGGGCCAAAUAAUGGAUAUUUUGAUAAACUGCCUUAUGAGCUCAUUCAACUGAUUCUGAACCAUCUUACACUGCCAGACCUGUGUAGACUAGCACAGACUUGCAAACUACUGAACCAGCACUGCUGUGAUCCUCUACAGUACAUCCACCUCAAUCUGCAGCCGUACUGGGCAAAACUAAAUGACACCUCUCUGGAAUUUCUGCAGGCUCGCUGCACCCUUGUUCAGUGGCUCAACUUGUCUUGGACUGGGAACAGGGGCUUCAUCUCUGUUGCAGGAUUCAGCAGGUUUCUAAAGGUUUGUGGAUCUGAAUUAGUGCGCCUGGAAUUAUCCUGUAGCCACUUUCUUAAUGAAACUUGCUUGGAGAUUAUUUCCGAGAUGUGUCCAAAUUUACAGGACUUAAAUCUCUCAUCCUGUGAUAAAUUACCACCUCAAGCUUUCAACCACAUUGCCAAAUUAUGCGGUCUUAGACGACUUGUUCUCUAUAGAACAAAAAUAGAGCAAACAGCACUGCUCAGCAUUUUGAACUUCUGUUCAGAGCUUCAGCACCUUAGUUUGGGCAGUUGUGUAAUGAUUGAAGACUAUGAUGUGAUAGCCAGCAUGAUAGGAGCCAAGUGUAAAAAACUCCGAACUCUGGAUCUGUGGAGGUGUAAGAAUAUUACUGAGAACGGGAUAGCAGAACUGGCUUCUGGGUGUCCGCUUCUGGAGGAACUCGACCUUGGCUGGUGCCCUACACUGCAGAGCAGCACCGGGUGUUUCGCCAGACUGGCACGCCAGCUCCCAAACUUGCAAAAACUCUUUCUUACAGCUAACAGAUCUGUGUGUGACACAGACAUUGAAGAACUGGCAUGUAAUUGUACCCGAUUACGGCAACUGGACAUACUAGCAAGAGCAAGGAAGUAUGGAGAGUUCCAGUCCGACAUGGCAACAUAGGAAGACUCUGAACUCAGCUCCACGGAACACAGCAGUUUAUACCUGCUUAUAGAGCAGUUCCUCCUGAAAGAACUGAGGGAUGACUAAACAGCUUCUGCAAAACCAUAGAAUGGCAAGAGAACAGCAAGAAAAACUGAGACACAGUAACAAAGGGAACCUCCACCUCUGACAAGGCCAACAGCAGUUGGGGGGGGGGUGAGGGGGGGAUAGCACUGAGGAACCAGGAACAGAUCUCUGUCCUUGGGCACAGGAUAAAAGCCUCAGUGGAGAAGAGCAACUAACACAUAAAAGAGACAACAGUAGAACUCUACCAAAUUGCAGAGGGACUGUGGGUUCACUCUCCAGGUCAGAGGGACUGGAGGACAACACAGUUUGUGUUCCCACCCCACCUUAAAAGCCUAGACCCCACAAGGAUCUAGACACCAGCAGGUCUGGUCAUCAGAGUGUACCUGUAACCUCAGCAAGACCAGAGUCCACAGCCCAUGCCAGCCUUGGGGGCAGUGGCACUGGGGCAUAGAAAAUAAACUGGAUUUUUUUGUGC